AAUAUGAUAGAAAAAAAACAAAUGAAAAUAUUGAUUUACGCGCUACAUACUAUCUAUGUAUUUGGAGAAAAUAAUUUAAUCAAUACUGAACGAAAUGAAAUUAUGAACACUUCAAAUGAAAUUUUAGCGUAUGAUUAUGCUAAAUAUGCAGUAUCUUCGAAAAUAAACAAUUCGUUUCUGAAAUCAUUUAGGAAGAUCGAUGAAUUUAGAAAUGAAAUGAUAGAAUAUAAUCAAAAUCAGCUCCUGUUGGAUGAUUACCUGAAAAGCAACAAUACUAACAUAUUGAUUCUUGAUACAACCAUUAACGAUAUCGUUCAAAAAUUCGAACACAUUUUUAAUACAUCUGACGAAUUGACUAACCAAAUUUUAUUGAAAAAUGAUUCAUUAACGUGUUACGAGAUAGAUCGAAGAAAUGUACGAAAUUUAACAGUUGAGUUGGCCGGUACUGAGUGGAUAUUUCUUUCUUGGCAACCUCCUUGUGAAAAUGCAACAAGUGUACUAUUUAUAUAUACAAUCGAUAUUUGUUUAGAGCAACAAUGUUCUCCAAAGAAUAUAACCAUACAAAACGACACACAAUAUAAUGUCACUGGUCUAGAUCCAUGCAAAGAAUAUAAAUUUAUCGUAAAGAUUAUUGACAAUGAGUUCGAAUCAGAUGGAGUUUCUGUAAUAGGAACGACAAUUUAUAAUAUUACCGAAAUUAAAGAUAUUCGAGAAUUAGUCGCUCAUACUACUAUUAAUACAAUUACAUUAAAUUGGAAACCACCAGAAAAUUAUUCCACGUGUAUAACUAAUUAUUUAAUUACACAAUGUUUCAAAGAUACUUGUAAUAAUGUAAGAGUUACACAUGAAGAAUAUGUUUCAAAAGAUUUGGAACCAUGUGAGAAAUAUUUUUUUAUAAUUAAAGUGGCUUCAUAUUUAAUACAAUCUAAUGGUUUCAAUAUAACAUUGAAAACAAAUUCACCAAAAUCUAGUAAACCUCUAUAUCCAACUGUAGAAGCCAGUGCAUUUUCUUUAUUCAUUCAUUGGCAACCUCCAGAAGUUGGUGCAAGGUGUAUUAAGUUUUAUCGUAUUACAAUUGAUCCACAAUCCACGACAAAAGAAAUAACUGGAACAAAUGUAACAAUAAAUGAUUUGAAUGCAUGCACUCCAUAUUUUGUUUAUAUUAAUGCAGUGGAUGAAGAUAAUAAUGAUGGAGAAAUGGUCACAAUGGAAACAAGAACAGCACCAACUGUAUCAAGACCACCAAUAUUAAAUACUAAAGAACCAAUUGUUACUAUAAAUGAUAUAAUGCUUUCAUGGAAAAUUGAAAAAGGUAACAAUAACUGUAUUUUAAAAUCCUUAAAAGCUAUAUGCAAUUCCACUGCAACUAGUGGACAUGGUUAUGAAAUUAAAAAUGGAAAAGCUGAAGUAGUAAUUGAUUCACGUAUACAAGAUGAAUAUCUUAUUAUAAAUUCAGUGAUUAAAAAUAUCAGUCCAUUUACUACAUAUAUCUGUUGGGCAUAUGUUGUUAAUGAAGCAGGGAAUAGUGAAUUAAGUAAUUUAAUAAGUGUAACAACAUUGGAAGAUAUACCAUCUGCACCUCCAUUCAGUGUUAUAAACAUAACAUAUUCCCAAUUUAUAUUUGUAUGGGAAUUACCAAUGUAUCUAGCUGGAAAUGUACAUGAAUUUAAAAUUGUAUUUGAAGGUGAAAUAUGUUUUCCUGUACCUGAUUGGUGUAAACAAAUAGCUUUAAAAACCAUUAAAUGUAUAAAUGGAUCUACAUUUACUUUUGAAUAUUUAGAAGCAAAAGCAUAUACAAAUUAUAAAGCAAAAAUUAAAGCAAGAACUACUGCAGGUUGGGGAAAUUAUAGCAAUGAUUUAAUAUUUCAAACUCCAGUUGGAGUUCCAGGAAUAGUAUCCAAUUUUUCGUAUUUAAUCGCAAAUAAUAAAAAUAAUACAAAUAUUCUGGAUACUAUCUUAACAUGGGGUAUUCCAUGCUCUUUAAAUGGAAUAUUAGAAUAUUUUAAUGUGUUAGUAAAUGGAACUAGAACUAAUUAUUCUCCACAUGCUUUUACGAUUAAAAAGUAUAUUUCAGAUAAUGUUAUUAGAAAUAAUAUAGUGUCAAUAAAUUUAAAAGAAUUGAAAGCAGAAUAUAAUUAUACCUUUAAAGUGUCAGCAAAAGUUCAGGGAGUUGAUGAAUUUGGAAUACCAGCAUGUCAACAUGUUUUAUAUCCUGCUGGUAUUCCGUUUCAACCUGACAAAGAUUAUAUAAAAUUUAUAACUAUAGAUCCAGCUAAUGCACGAAGAUCUACUACAUCAGCUACGCUUUUACUUCCUUUAUUUCCUAAUGUAAAUGGUGAUAUUGUUUAUUAUUCUAUUAUAGUAUCAAGAACCGAAUAUAAUAUACCAUCAAGUAUCAGAUUUGAUAUAAUGAAUCAUACAUGGCCAAACAUAUCUUCCUGGGAAGAAGCUAUGGUACAAGAUUUUAUAAUACCUUAUCAAGCAACUAGACUAUGGUGGGAUCCUUAUCCUAAUUAUGUUGCUGAUUAUGGUGAUGUCAAAGCUGUAAAAUAUACACUUGGUGAAGACACAAAUUGUAAAGAAAUUUCAUCUAAUACUAAUAAAAGAAUUUAUUGUAAUGGACCUCUUAAACCAAAUACAUGGUAUCACGUUAGAAUGCGGGCAUUUACACGUGGUGGAUAUUCCGAUUCUACAGCAUUCCUAAUAAAAACUAAUUCUGAAAUAAACAUCGCACUUGCUAGUGGCGUUGUUUUUGGUAUUUUAUUUAUGGGAAUUUUAACAACAAUGAUGUUGUUAAUUCGCAAAUGUUCGCUUUACGUAAUAUUACGACGAUUUCUACAUUCUGACAUGUCUGGCUCACCAGUCCCUGCAUCUUUCUCAAAAAAGAAAUUUAUAGCACAUUGUCAACAACUCAUUGAUAAUCCUGGAAAAUUAAGUAAUGAAUUUCAGCUACUUCAAACGCUCAGUGUUGAUUUACAAAUGCCAACCAAUACUGCUUGCUUACAAGCUAAUAAGAAGAAAAACAGAUAUUCUGACAUUUUACCAUAUGAUUUCUCAAGAGUUAAACUGGAAGUAAUUGAUAAUGAUCCUAAUACUGACUAUAUCAAUGCCUCUUUUAUUAAAGGCUACAGUGGUGAAGAUGAAUACAUAGCUUGUCAAGGUCCAAAAGAAGAAACUACAUUUGAUUUUUGGAGAAUGAUAGAACAAUAUAAUAUCAAUUUAAUAGUUAUGUUGACUGAGUUAGUUGAAAAAGGCAAAGAGAAAUGUCAUCAGUAUUUUCCAACAAUUAGAGAAACUUUUAAAUAUGAAAAUAUGACUAUAAAAUGUAUAAGUGAAUUAGACUUUAGGUCUUACACACAAAGAACAUUAAUAUUACAAAAGGAAAGCAAUAAAAGAAAUAUAAUACAUUUACAUUUUAAAGAAUGGCCAGAUCAUGAUGUUCCAGAAGAUUUUGAUCCAAUGAUUCACUUUUGUCAAAUUGUACGUCGUAAUGCUACUGCCAAUAAAGGAUAUAUUAUAAUACAUUGCAGUGCAGGAAUUGGUAGAACUGGCACUUUAAUAGCAAUAGAUAUAAUUUUACAACAUCUUCGUGAUAAUAGAAAAUUAGAUGUAUUUGGAACAGUGUAUAGAUUACGACAUCAUAGAAUAAAUAUGGUACAAAAAGAAAGUCAAUAUGCUUAUAUAUACAAUUGUAUAAAACAGGUAUUAAAAAAUCCCUAUUGCUUAAAAAGCUAUAAACCACCACCUAUGGAUCCAAUGUAUGAAAAUACUUCAAAGAGAAUAAAAAUAGUACCAACUUCAAAUAUAGAUCUUUGA